AUGUCCGCUUUACUACCCCUCAAUCGCCAUGUCAAAGGAGCAAGCAAGAACGCCGACCCGGAGACGCCAGCUCCUUCUGUUCAGGCCCUCCAGAGAGCUUACAACUCUUCUCUCUUGGAAUUGGUCGAGAAGGGCAACAAAGACCGCAAAGUCAAAGCUCAACAGCGUCAGAAGGAUGGCCUGAAUAAUCUCGAUUACGGAAAGACUCCAUUUGGUGAAGAUAUGGUAAUCGUCAGAAAGUUCAGUCGUAUCCUCGCCCACGUACCACUCGCAAAGUUCAAGAAAUGGGCACCAGAGAUCUACAAAGAUCUUGAUCGAGUUGAUCAGCAAUACCAACAACAAGGCCUCAAAAUCCUCGUCUUCCAACCAAAAUGCUACGUCUCAGGCAUCGGUCUCAAGCAAUGGGCAAUCUGGCUAAGCACCCAAAACAUCAAGAAAAGCUUGGGAGGCUCAAUGGCUUCUUUCGAUACUAUCCUUGAUGCUCUGAAUAUCGCUUAUGCUUUGCAACAUAAUGAUUACCAUGAUGCUAUUAUGGAUUAUGCCGCAUAUCGUCUCUGUCUCGGUUUUAGGGAGAACCUUUUCACGGUUCACAAAGGUGUUGAUAAGGAUAUCCAAGCUAGUCUCCGUCAGCUGGCACAAGUUUUUACGCCUUCAUCUGCCAACAGUAUGCUUGAGAAGCUUUUCAAAGUUCUUGUCUUGCACUAUGAUGUCGAUGGUGUGAUGGCUAGGGACGUCUACCCCUCGGCUAUAAACGAUCACGUUACUGCUCAGGUCUUUGGGUAUUGGCAGCACAAAGACGAGGAGGCGCUUCCUAGAGAUCCUGUCAAAUUCGAGAGGCUGGAGGAGUGGUGUAAGCCUUAUCAUCUGCAUAGUAAAGAGGAGGUGUGCUGGAUAAUCAAGAAGUCCUUGGACGAUAAAUGCUAG